GAAAGGGCGUAUUGCGACUUGCGAGUUGGUGAUACCAGUAUACCACCACAUAUCUCCGUCCUCUUUCCCAUAAGAAUCAGAUUGGCCUGAAGAACAAAAUAAGCUCUGGUGAUGGCUUCUUCAUCUGCAACUUCAAGAGUCUCCUUCUCACCCCAUCUCUCCCAACCCAACCCCCCCACUCCUCUGAAACCGAAACCCCACCGCAUUUCUUACCCACUUUCCCCUCUCCUCCAAAAACCCCUCUCCAUUCACAGCCGUCCACAACUCCCUCUAUCAAGAUCCAUAGAUGUCUCCCAAGAAGACAAACCCACCUGGCAGGAAUCAAUUCUGCCUUCAGAAGCCCCUGAUGAGGAUAAUUUGCCCACAGAGAGUGAAAGCUUUGAUGCGAGGAGAUUGGAGGAGAAGUUUGCGGUCCUAAACACUGGAAUACAUGAGUGUAGGUCGUGUGGGUACAAUUUUAAUGAAGCAAUUGGUGAUCCUUCUUAUCCCAUUCCUCCCGGGCUGCCCUUCGAUAGGAUGCCGGAGGAUUGGAGGUGCCCUACUUGUGGGGCUGCCAAGAGUUUCUUCCAAAGCAAGAGCGUGGAGGUUGCUGGUUUUGCCCAGAAUCAGCAGUUUGGUUUUGGUGGUAAUACUCUCACCUCUGACCAGAAAGCUCUCCUUAUCUAUGGUGGUUUGUUCUUUGGAUUUUUGGUCUUCUUGUCUGGUUAUUUUCUGCAAUAGUUGUUUGAGGAGUCAAUUAUGCCGUAUGUUUUAGAGGAUUGAAUGAAUUCUCAUCCUCCACAUUGUAUAUUUUUUACAUUUCUUUGUGUUGUUAUAUGAGAAGCGGAAUGGUUUCAUAUAGGAUUACAGAUAGUCUUCUUUCAUUUAGACAAUUGCCAUGCUUCAGUUUGCAUACCAUUGCCUUCACCUUUGAUUCGUAGCUUCACCUGAGUGAAGGAAGCUGACGGCAGAGACAGAUGACCUGGGAUCUUGUAACGCUUCUGAAUUGAAUACUGUGGAUGAUCGUUUGCGAGAUGAUUCAAUUGAGUACAUCAAAUUAUUAAAGAUGAGGAAGAAGUCAUACAAAUUAGUACAUCAAUUUGUAUGCAGUGGAAUCGAUUUGUAUGAGGUGAAGUAAAUAGUGCAUUGUGUUUGCGUUUGACAUUUCUAAGUAUGGAUUACAUAAAUUCAGGGUUUUAGUGUUAAUUAAGUACACCCGUUAAUACGGCUGAGUUGGCUAGCGAAAUGUUAAUAGGUCGACGCCGUCCCUCAACCCCUUUGUUUACGACAAUCCCUGCGAGUCGACUUUCCAUUGGUCAAUGCACCCAAGCACCUCGACGCCCCACAAGUCGAGCUAUAGAAGUUAACGCCAAAACCUUGGUCGACUUCCCCUUUUAGGUCGACUUCCUCUUGGUCCACUUCCCCUUCUUACUUAGCAUUAUGUUAGCUCAACGAGUUAUGCUAGAGGUACACACACUUUUACAAAAAGUCUUACAAAAGGGUAUGUAACAUGAUCACAUUAUUUAACACAUCACAUUUACAACACUUUUGUAUCAAUGGUAAUUAGAAUAGUCACAUCAUUUGUUUGUAAGUUUUUUUGUGAGUGUGUUUGUGCUUCUAGCAUUUUUCUAGCUCAACCAUAUUAAUGUGUUAAUGUAAGAGUUUAUUCAAUUAACACUAAAAAACAAGUUUAUAUACUUAGGAAUGUCUGAUUUAAGAUGUAACAUAGUGUGCAUUUUACACCUACUUGUACAAAUUGAUGUACUUAAUUUACCAUUUUCUUACUAGAGAUGAAAAUGGCACUGAGCAGUGAGCACCAAAAGGAAGAAGAGGUGCUGAACUGCUAAUACCGUGCAAGUCAUUUUUCAAUUUUCUUCAUUGUUUGUUUAGUUUAAUCUUUCUUUCUUAUUUCUUUAUUUGUUUUUUUAAGGAAAAAAAAUCGAAUAAACUUUAUCUUCUAGCUAGCAUAGUGUCAAGUGGCUUUUAUGACAUGCAAUUUCGUUUAAGAACACAUGGCUUUGUGAAAUUUUAUUUUGACAACAUUAUCA